AUGGGUCGGUGUGAAUUCCAGAGGAAAAGGAAGGUCUUUCACAUUAUGCUUCAUGAAAGUAACUUGGCAGAUUUCGGACAUGGACAGAUAGAGAAAGAGGGAGUUGCAAUGUUCACAGCAACAGAUGACCAUUCACUGCAUGACAUGGACUAA